CGGAGCCGGCCCCGCGCGCGCGCCCUGUGCACCCCCGCGCCUGCGCGCUGCCCAGGCCCUGCCCGAGUGUGGGGGCGCCGGCGGCCCCGGGGGGGUGGGGGAAGUAGGGGGGGAAAAACACAGCGCGCGGACCCGGGCCAGGGUUGCCCACUCCCCCGCCACAAUGGCCUCUGGGGUGGAAGUCCUGCGCUUCCAGCUGCCUGGCCACGAGGCCGCUACGCUGCGGAACAUGAACCAGCUCCGCGCAGAGGAGCGGUUCUGCGACGUGACCAUUGUGGCCGACAGCCUCAAGUUCCGCGGCCACAAGGUCAUCCUGGCUGCCUGCUCCCCUUUCCUGCGGGACCAGUUCCUGCUGAACCCCAGCUCUGAGCUGCAGGUCUCAUUGAUGCACAGUGCACGCAUCGUGGCCGACCUCCUGCUCUCCUGUUACACGGGUGCCCUGGAAUUCGCAGUCAGGGAUAUCGUUAACUACCUGACGGCUGCCUCCUACCUGCAGAUGGAGCACGUGGUAGAGAAAUGCCGGAACGCCCUCAGCCAGUUCAUUGAGCCCAAAAUAGGUCUCAAAGAGGAUGGGGUCAGCGAUGCCAGCCUUGUGAGCAGUGUCAGUGCUACCAAAUCCCUCCUUCCUCCUGCCAGGACCCCUAAGCCAGCCCCCAAACCUCCCCCCCCACCCCCUCUACCUCCUCCGCUGCUGCGGCCUGUGAAGCUGGAGUUCCCACUGGAUGAGGACCUGGAGCUGAAGGCGGAGGAAGAGGAUGAGGAUGAGGACGAGGAUGUGUCUGACAUCUGCAUCGUCAAGGUGGAGUCGGCCCUGGAGGUGGCACACCGGCUCAAACCUCCCGGAGGCCUAGGAGGAGGUCUGGGCAUCAGUGGCUCAGUGGGCAGCCACCUGGGGGAGCUGGCCCAGAGCAGCGUGCCCCCCAGCACUGUGGCCCCACCACAGGGUGUGGUGAAAGCCUGCUACAGCCUGUCUGAGGACGCAGAAGGGGAGGGCCUGCUGUUGAUCCCCGGAGGCCGGGCCAGCGUGGGGGCCACUUCGGGCCUAGUAGAGGCAGCAGCGGUGGCCAUGGCUGCCCGGGGGGCGGGGGGCAGCCUGGGGGCAGGGGGCAGCCGGGGCCCUCUGCCAGGGGGCUUCUCCAGUACAAACCCCCUAAAAAACAUCAAGUGCACCAAGUGCCCGGAAGUGUUCCAGGGCGUGGAGAAGCUGGUCUUCCACAUGCGGGCACAACACUUCAUCUUCAUGUGCCCGCGCUGCGGCAAGCAGUUCAACCACAGCAGCAACCUCAACCGCCACAUGAACGUGCACCGCGGCGUCAAGUCACACUCUUGUGGCAUCUGCGGCAAGUGCUUCACGCAGAAGUCCACACUGCACGACCACCUCAACCUUCACUCAGGAGCGAGGCCCUAUCGCUGCUCCUACUGUGACGUGCGCUUCGCCCACAAGCCUGCCAUUAGGCGGCACCUCAAGGAGCAGCACGGCAAGACCACGGCCGAGAACGUGCUGGAGGCCAGCGUGGCUGAGAUCAACGUUCUCAUCCGCUAGCCGGGCAGGCGCUGGGUUCCUGGGUUGGGUGGGAAGGUGGCUCCCUGGCCCAGGAGAAUAGGGGGUGUGUGUCGGGGACAAACAGGUACGGUGGGGAGCCUGAGCAGACAUACACAUCCUGAGGGAAGCGCCCAAAUUCCUUGGAGAGAAGAUCCUGCAUCUUCAGAAGAAAAGGAUGGAGAGGCAGAGAGUUCUUGGAGAAGGCCAAGGGAAUAUGGGGUCCCAGAGAAAGAUUGUCUUCUCUUAGAGGUGCAUGGAAAUGUGGAGGGAGGGAAAGGGUCCUACAGAAUGAGGAGGAAAAAAGACUGGAAAAUGUUUUAUUACUGGCUAAGCCUUCCCAGGGAGAGGUCUGACAUUUCUUG